AUGGAGGAGGAAGAGCCGGUGGCCGCACGGAACGACAGGUCGUCCCCGCCGGAUAUGCUCGACAACAUCCCCCCGCUCCCGCUGGAUGUGCUCGACAACAUCUUCGCCCGGCUCCCCUUCGAGCAGUUGGUCCUCACCUCCCGCCUCUCCCGCGAUUGGCGCCGCCGCUGGGAGCCCUUCCCCAACCUCGACAUCUGGUUCACCCCGGGCAUCUUCCCCAAGCCCGACGUCGGCACCCUGGAGCGGUGCGCCGCGCCCGUCCGCAGCUUCACCGCCCGCGUCGGCACGCCCCACUACCACCGAAUCGGCGGCUGGCUCCACGCCCUGGCGCGCAAGCGCCUCGAGAACCUCAUCCUCAGGUUCGACGACCAGCUCCAGCGCGCCGUCCUCGGCCCCGGCCUCUUCUCCUGCCGCGCGCUCGCCCGCCUCGAGCUCCAUGGCUUCUGCGACAUGCCGCGCGCGCCGCCGCAGGGCUUCGGAGGCUUCCCCAACCUCGUCACGCUCGUCCUCAUCGACGUGACCCUCCCUUUCGUUGGCGGCGGGGCGCAGCUCGAACGCCUGAUCUCCUCAGCGCCGCAGCUCAGGGUGCUCACGCUGGACAACGUCGAGGAAACGUGGACCAUCCGGGCGCCCAACCUCCGAGUUCUCAAGUUCAUCACGGACAUCGACAACGGAUGCCGGUUUACGGAGGAUCUCCCGUUGCUGGAGGAAGCGGCCAUCUGCAUCGAUGACCCAAUCGAGUUCGUGGCCCAAGACCUCAUCGAAACUCUGCGACGGAUUGCUAGUGUCAAGAGGCUUUUGUUCGACGCCAACACGGUUCAGCUCAAUGAAAAUGCUCUGGAAGGGAUUUUGUUCCCGAACUUGAGGACAGCAAACCUUACAGUAAACUUUGGCAAUCUCCCAAGCAUUAUGUCAGUAUUUUCUUUGAUGAGAUCUGCCCCUAAUAUUGAACACUUGAUAUUAAGGUGGAGUUGGCCGGCAGGUGGAGGAGGAAGCGCCGGUGGCCGAACGGGACGACCUGGUGUCGCCCCCGCCGGAUAUGCUCGACAACAACCCCCCGCUCCCGCUGGAUAUGCUCGACGUCAUCUUCGCUCGGCUCCCCUUCGAGCAGUUGGUCUGCACCUCCCGCCUCUCCGCGAUUGGCGCCGCCGCUGGGAGUCCUUCCCCAACCUCGACAUCUGGUUCACCCCGGGCAUCUUCCCCAAGCCCGACGUCGGCACCCUGGAGCGGUGGGCCGCGCCCGUCCGCAGCUUCACCGCCCGCGUCGGCACGCCCCACUACCACCGAAUAGCCGGCUGGCUCCACGCCCUGGCGCGCAAGCGCGUCGAGAAGCUCAUCCUCAGGUUCGGCGACCCGUUCGAGUGCGCCGUCCUCGCGCCCGGCCUCUUUUCCUGCCGCGCGCUCACCCGCCUCGAGCUCCAUGGAUUCUGCCUCAUGCCGCGCGCUCCGCCUCAGGGCUUCGGAGGCUUCCCCAACCUCGCCACGCUCGUCCUCAUCGAUGUGAUCUCCCUUUUCGUCGGCUGCGGGGCGCAGCUCGAACGCCUGAUUUCCACGGCGCCGCAGCUCAGGGUGCUCACGCUGGACAGCGUCAUGGUCACCGCCUCCCACACCGAUGCCGAUGCUGUCGAGGAAACGUGGACCAUCAGGGCGCCCAACCUCCGAGUUCUCAAGUUCAGCAUGGACAUGGACAACGGAUGCCGGUUUACGGAGGAGCUCCCGUUACUGGAGGAGGCGUUCAUCACCAUCGAGGACCCAAUCGAGUUCGGGACCCAAGACCUCAUUAUCGACUCUCUCCGACGGAUCACUAGUGUCAAGAGGCUUUCGUUCGACGCUGACACAGUUCAGCUUAAUGAAAAUGUUCUGGAACGGAUUCAGUUCCCGAACUUGAGGGUGGCAGACCUUAGAAUAAACUUUGGCAAACUCCCAAGCAUUAUGUCAAUAUUUUCUUUGAUGAGACGUGCCCCUCAUAUUGAAAUACUUGAUAUUAAGGUAAUAUUAGAUGCACCCUUGAACCUUGAUGAUGAAAUUGAUCAAGACGUUCUGAAUGCAGAGAUAAGUGAUGACUUGUUUGCUAAUCUCAAACAUGUCUCACUGAAUGAUAUGAAGUACUGCUCAAAUGACAUAUGGUUUAUGAAGUUUCUUCUAUCCAAAGCAGGAUUGCUUGAAUCACUUUCUGUCACGUUUGGCUAUCAAAAUAAAGCCAUAUCCUUUGAGAAGAUAUGUAGAGAGUUAGUAACAUGCAGAAAGGCGUCACCCCAAGUUAAGCUCAGCCUAAGAGUUAGAAGCUAGCCAGCCCCACAUAAGAAGGAUUCUUAACUAACAAACCUCUAAGCCUUUUCAGUCACUGCCUGCUUAAAUCAUGGACGAAGAACAGAUGUAGAUCUUGGCUGUUAUUGUACACACAGCUUGUUUUCCUUUUUGAGGAGUGCACCCAUUUCCAUUUACUUUUUUUUGACUGAAUGCUUCAGAUGUCUGACGAAACAAAUUAUGGUGCAAUUUCUAGAUUUCUGGAAAUGCUUUAUAGAGAAAUGACUGGAAUGUAUUUGGCACAUGCUUUAUACUGUUAGGACCAUGGUUUACGUCAACACUAUGACUUAGCACCAUGUUCAGUAUUUAUUCACUGAGGAUAUAGUGAGUACUGACAAAACUGACUUGUCCAGUUGUGCUUAUGCCUGGCAAGUAAACUUGUGCUUCCUUUUCCUGGUUAUAUAAACGCAGUGUUGUAAUCA